AUGAAUGACAUCAUGCAUGCGUUGGAACCCAGGUUUUGGGAGGAGAUCUCCAUGCACAAGGAUGACAUAUUCAGACAUGUCAGCAUCAAGUUCCAGUACAAAGUGCUUGUCACUUUUGUCACCAAUGCCGCCUUGCCUGAGUAUCUGAUUCAUUUUGUGGACUGGUAUUUUGUCUAUUAUAUCCGGCUCUCUAAGAAGACUGGAAAAAUGGCCAAAGGAUGUACAUUGAUUCACAAGGAUGCUUCUGACAUGCCAUGCAAAUGCUUCAGAGCGGGGGCUGAGUUUGUUGGGAUGCAAUUGUUUGUUUGGGAUGACGGUGGCAGAGAUGUUAGGCUGACGGAUAAUCCAGCAUGGGCCAACACUUCAACCACUUUCUCCGGAACUCCAGUUGAAUGGCAAAACAAGCCAAGGAUAGCCUUUUUCUGUGGAUCAGGUUCUCGAGCCUUUCUCCGGUUUUGUGGGCUCUCCAUGAUAGAGCUGAUAAUAGCCCAAAGCUGCUCUGCUGUGGCCGAUAUAGUCUUGAACUGCAAACCAUGGCAUUCACGGCCAAGUUCCUCAACCUCCCUACACAACACACCUGUCACCAGUGUGAAUGACCAGGAGAGCACUGGCUGUCGAGAAUUUGUGUGGUUAUACAGUACUCUCCAGAAUUCCCUGGAUCAGCUUGGAUACUGA